AUUUUACCUUCAUGUUUGGAAAGCCUUCAACUAAAACCUAUGCUAACAAUUGUAAACAAUAAUUUAAUAAUAAUAUUAUUUACAAACAGCUUCGCGUUGCCCGUCCUUUUCAAAGGAAGACAGAAGACUUUACAACCCACAGACCUAUAUCAGGCCUUAAAAGGACAUAAGGCUGAAACCUUGGGCGAUAUAUUCUUUGAGACUUGGCAGGCAGAGGUUAAGUCCUGCAAGGAUAAACCCAAAAAGGAGCCAAGCAUUAUAAAGGUUAUACUGAAGGUAUUCGGAUGGCGUCUUUUUAUAUCUGGAGUUUUGAUCGGUAUAUUGGAAUUGGGAACAAAAGCUACUUUACCUCUAAUUUUGGGAGCUUUGAUAUCCGAAUUCACUGCCAAUGGAAAUGGCGAUGGAACAAUGGCUCAAAUCUAUGGGAUUACUUUGGUAUUGGCCUUCCUGCUUGGUGUGGUUUUCCUUCAUCCGUUUAUGAUGGGAAUGAUGCAUCUGGCCAUGAAAAUGCGAGUGGCAGUGAGCACUGCCAUCUACAGGAAAGCCCUCCGUUUGAGUCGAACUGCCUUGGGAGACACAACCACGGGCCAGGUGGUUAACCUUAUUUCCAAUGAUCUGGGCCGAUUCGAUCGGGCUCUUAUACACUUUCACUUCUUGUGGCUGGGACCACUGGAGCUACUGAUAUCCUCAUAUUUUCUUUACCAACAAAUUGGCGUAGCUUCCCUUUACGGGAUUGGAAUACUAUUACUGUAUCUGCCCUUCCAAACAUACCUCAGCCGGCUUACCUCAAAGCUAAGAUUACAAACCGCCCUGAGAACCGAUCAGAGGGUAAGGAUGAUGAACGAGAUUAUAUCCGGAAUACAGGUGAUUAAAAUGUACACCUGGGAGAAGCCAUUUGGCAAGGUCAUAGAGCAACUGCGACGCAGCGAAAUGAGCACCAUUCGGAAGGUGAACUACAUUCGAGGGACUCUGCUCUCGUUUGAAAUAACUCUGGGCAGGAUCGCCAUAUUCGUUAGUCUUCUGGGCUUCGUCCUGAUGGGCGGCGAGCUGACUGCCGAGAAGGCUUUCUCCGUGACAGCCUUCUACAACAUCCUGCGACGUACGGUGAGCAAGUUCUUUCCCAGUGGAAUGUCCCAGUUUGCCGAAAUGCUAGUAACCCUAAGAAGAAUCCAAGCAUUCAUGAUGCGAGAUGAAUCAGGAGUCCGGGCAGUGGCCGACAAAAAGGAUAUAUCAGCUAAGGAAUCUCUGGUGGAACUAAAAUCUUUCCGAGCCCACUGGAGUCACGAACAUGCAGAACCGGUCUUGGAUAAUAUAAACAUCACUCUUAAGCCCCCUCAAUUGGUGGCUGUCAUUGGGCCUGUGGGCUCCGGGAAGUCAAGCCUGAUCCAGGCUAUUCUAGGAGAGCUUCCGCCUGAAAUGGGAAGUGUUAAGCUGGAGGGUAGCUUGUCCUAUGCCUCCCAGGAACCCUGGCUGUUCAAUGCCUCCAUUCGGGACAACAUCCUGUUUGGCCUGCCCAUGGACAAGCACCGCUAUCGCAGUGUCAUAAGAAAGUGUGCCCUGGAGAGGGAUCUAGAACUGCUCCAGGGUGAUCACACACUGGUGGGCGAACGUGGAGCAGGACUAUCCGGUGGCCAAAGAGCCAGGAUCAGCCUGGCCAGAGCCGUCUACAGGCAGGCGGAUAUAUAUCUGCUCGACGAUCCUUUGAGCGCCGUGGACACCCAUGUGGGACGACACUUGUUCGAGGAGUGCAUGCGAGGCUAUCUCAGGGACAAGCUGGUCAUCCUGGUUACCCAUCAACUGCAGUUCCUUGAGCAUGCAGAUCUCAUAGUGAUUAUGGACAAGGGACGUAUAACAGCCAUCGGUAGCUACGAAGAAAUGCUGAAAAGUGGCCAGGAUUUUGCUCAGCUCCUGGCCCAGCAGACCCAAGAAGAGAAAGAUGCUUCCGAGGACGAUGAUAAGUCAGUCAACGACAGCAAAUCCAAUUACUCGCGUCAGAGUAGUCGGCAGAGCAGGAACAGUGUCUCUUCUGUGGACUCUGGCCAGGACUCUGUUAUGGAGGAAACCAAUCAGCCCCUCCAGGAAACACGUUCCAACGAAAAAAUUGGCCUCGGCAUGUAUAAAAAGUAUUUCGCCGCUGGAUCAGGUUGGUUUCUCUUCGUCUUGGUUGUUUUCUUCUGUCUUGGCACUCAGAUUCUUGCAUCUGGUGGGGAUUACUUUGUUUCCUAUUGGGUCAAGAACAACGACUCCUCAACCGUCCUGGACAUCUACAUAUUUACGGGAAUCAAUGUUGCCCUGGUGAUCUUCGCCCUCAUCCGGACCGUCUUGUUCUUCAGCAUGGCGAUGCACUCUUCCACGCAGUUGCAUAACUCCAUGUUCCAGGGAGUUUCCCGCACAGCUCUGUACUUUUUCCACUCGAAUCCCUCGGGCAGAAUACUCAAUCGAUUCGCCAUGGACCUGGGGCAAGUGGACGAAGUCCUGCCCGCCGUGCUGCUCGAUUGUGUGCAGAUAUUCCUGACAAUCAGUGGUGUUAUCUGCGUGCUUUGCAUUACCAAUCCCUGGUAUUUGGUGAACACGCUCACGAUGUUCGUGGCCUUCCACUUUCUGAGAAAGUUCUACCUGAGCACUUCGCGGGAUGUAAAGAGAUUGGAGGCGGUGGCCAGAUCACCGAUGUACUCGCAUUUUAGUGCCACCUUGAACGGGCUGCCCACUAUCCGGGCACUGGGCGCCCAGGAGCUGCUGACCAAGGAGUAUGACAACUACCAGGACCUUCACAGCUCGGGAUACUACACAUUCCUGUCCACCAGUCGGGCCUUUGGCUACUACCUGGAUCUGUUCUGUGUGGCCUAUGUGGUAUCGGUGACUAUAACCAGUUACUUUAAUCCUCCGCUGGACAAUCCCGGCCAAAUUGGACUGGCCAUCACCCAGGCAAUGUCCAUGACCGGUACUGUCCAGUGGGGCAUGAGACAAUCGGCUGAGCUGGAGAACUCCAUGACGUCGGUGGAAAGGGUCAUGGAGUACAGGAAUCUCAAGUCCGAAGGUGAGUUUGAGUCUCCAAAGGAAAAGCAGCCCCCUAAGAAUUGGCCACAGCAAGGUCAAAUAAAAGCCGAACACCUAAGUUUAAGAUACAAUCCCGAUCCCAAAACCGACAACGUCCUAAAAUCUUUGAAGUUCGUAAUCCAACCGAGAGAGAAAAUAGGCAUUGUGGGUAGAACAGGAGCUGGAAAGUCGUCGCUCAUCAACGCCCUAUUCAGGCUGUCCUACAAUGAUGGAUCCUUAGUGAUUGAUAACCAGGAUAUCGGACAAAUGGGUUUGCACGAUCUGAGGAGUAAGAUAUCGAUAAUUCCACAGGAACCUGUGCUUUUUUCGGGAACUAUGCGAUACAACUUGGAUCCCUUCGAUCAAUAUUCGGAUGCCAAGUUGUGGGAGGCAUUGGAAGAGGUGCAUUUGAAAGAAGAGGUCGCUGAGCUGCCAACUGGUCUGGAGAGUCUGGUUGCCGAAGGAGGUGGCAAUUACAGCGUCGGCCAGAGGCAGUUGGUCUGCCUGGCGAGGGCCAUUCUCCGUGAAAACCGCAUCCUGGUGAUGGACGAGGCCACGGCCAAUGUGGACCCCCAAACGGAUGCCCUGAUUCAGUCCACCAUCCGCAGGAAGUUCAAGGAUUGCACUGUCCUGACCAUAGCUCAUCGAUUGAACACGAUCAUCGACUCGGACAAGGUCAUGGUUUUGGAUGCUGGCAACCUCGUAGAGUUCGGCUCACCCUACGAACUUUUGACCCAAUCAACACGAAGAGUCUUCUAUAGUAUGGUUAUCGAAACGGGUCGAUCCGGCUUCGAUCAUCUUUUCAGAGCGGCUCUACAGGUUCAUGAAAGUAAACUGCGCAACAAGUCGGAAUAAUUUAACCAAAGUAACACCCAAAUAUUUAUUAUUUUAUUAAAUAAAAUAAAUUGAUUA